AUGUCAGAAAGAAGGACCCGACGGCAAGCCGCCCUAGCAGCUGCCGAUGAGACCCCCACCAAGUCCUCAUCCAAAUCAGACGCCGAUGGCAAUGGCAACGGCAACGGCAACGGCCCUGUCCAGGCGGUCAUGCCAAGUAGGGACCUCGCAAGCACGAGCGGACCUCGCGAGAACAUCUUCAUAUUCUGGCCCAACAUCAUAGGCUAUUUCCGCAUCGUCUUGGCUAUUGCGUCCCUAUACUACAUGCCUCUGCAUCCCCAAACGUGUUCUCUGCUCUACAGCAUCUCGUGUCUCCUCGACGCUCUUGACGGAUACGCCGCUCGGUAUUUCAACCAGUCGACUAGGUUCGGUGCCGUCCUCGACAUGGUGACGGACAGAUGUACGACGUCUUGCUUGCUCGUCUUCCUCUCGUCGGCUUUCCCACGAUGGGCUAUCAUCUUCCAAAGUCUAAUCUCGUUGGACUUCGCAAGCCACUACAUGCACAUGUACGCAACUCUUGCCAUGGGCGGCUCGGAUACGAGCCACAAGAAUGUGGACAAGUCGAGAAGUUGGUUGCUGAACCUCUACUACACCAACAAGACUGUUCUUUUCGUAUGCUGUGCCCUGAACGAAGUCUUCUUCAUCGCCUUAUAUCUGCUCUCCUUCUCGUCACCCCUCCUAUCCCCGCAGCUCCUUCAGAAUGUGGGCGAAGCGAAGGCUGCUGCUAUCCAGUCCGGAGCCCAAGUUAACAGCUCCGUCCUCCGCCAGCUCUUCACAAACCCCUACAGCGCUGGAGCUCUGGAGAUGGCCCGAGCGAACAAGAUGGACUCGACUUUCCCCUGGAUCCUCGCAGGAAUCAGUGCCCCGGUCAUGGCUAUCAAGCAGUUCCUCAACAUCGUCCAGAUCGUCAAGGCUAGCAAGUGGCUUGCCGAGGGUGAUGUGCAAAUGAGAAAGGAGGCAGCGCUGCCAAAAAGGAAGAAGAGCCGCAAGAGCAAAUGA